AUGGGUUCGUACUGGAACUCGUCGCUUCGUCGCUACGGUCUGCUCCUCUUCGCCGCGGCUGUCGCAGGACAGUCUAGCCCAAGCUGCAAGCCUAUUCCCGGGGACGAUCAUUGGCCGUCCGUGGAGACGUGGGAAGCUCUCAACGAAACAAUAAGUGGACGCCUGAUCGCGACUGUGCCGGUGGGGAGUACUUGCGAGUUGGGCAAGUACGUGAGUUACUCGAUAAACGUCGAGGGCCCCGACGACGUGGUGGCCGGAAUCGAGUUCGCCAAAGAGAAUGAUGUGCGACUCGUCAUUAAGAACACGGGUCAUGACUACCUCGGAAAGUCAACGGGCAAGGGAGGACUAGCACUUUGGACUCACAACCUCAAAGACAUCGAGGUAAUUGAAGCCUAUGAGUCGGAUUAUUACACCGGUCCAGCUUUAAAGCUAGGCGCGGGCGUCCAAGGCUGGGAGGCGUACACGGCGGCCAGUGACCGUGGAUACAUGGUCGUCGGCGGGACCCUGUACGGCCUCAGCGCCGACAAUGUGUUAGAGUGGGAGGUGGUCACGGCCGAGGGAGUACACCUCGUGGCUACGCCGUCGGAGAAUAGCGAUCUAUACUGGGCUUUGAGCGGUGGAGGUGGCGGCACCUUUGGCAUCGUGCUAAGCAUGACCACUCGGCUUCACGAGGACACGUCGAUCGGCGGCGCGCACCUGCAGUUCGACGACAGCGUAAUCGGGCACGACGCGUACUGGGAGGCCAUCGAGGCGUUCCACAGCCUCCUACCGCCCAUCUUGGCACAAGACACCUCGCUCCUAUACUCGGUCCACAACAACUCGUUUAGUAUCUUCAGCCUCACCGCAGCGGGCAAGUCAAGCACCGAGGUCAUCGAGCUCCUACAACCCCUCCUUGACGAGCUCGACGCGCGCAAAGUUCCCUUCGCCAUCCAAAUCGACCAGGCCCCCGAUUCCUCGACCACUUUUCACGUCCAGCCGGCUAAUCCCCGCGCCGUGCUCUCGGACCCAGAGGCCAACGCCGCCGUGACGCGGGCCCUGCGCGAGGGCACCGCGAGCGACGACUUCUUCUUCGCGUGCCAGGCCCUCGACAUGAGCCGCAACGCCUCGGUCGCCGCCAACGCCGUGCUCCCCGCCUGGCGCGAGGCCGCGUCGCACUGCAUCGUCGUCGGCCAGUGGGACUAUUCGGCCGUCGCGGUGGCGCAGGGCCGCAUGCAGGCCAUGCAGGACGCGCUGGUAGAGGUGAUUACGCCGAGCUUGGUCGCGGCCACGCCGGACUUUACCGAGACAUUAGUCAGGGCCUUGCUGGAUAUCGAGACGCUUUAA